UCCAAAACCAUCUCCUCCUCCUCCUCGCCUCACUCUUUCCUUCUCUGUGCUUCUCCUCAAGCAAAUGAAAGGAGAGAAACUGCCAAUGCAAAAGGCUGCAGCAGAAAAAGAAAGAAAAAAAGGCGAGCAAGACCAGAAAGAAAGAUCAAAGCAAACCAUCGCUCGCGACGUCACUCCAUCUCGACCAAACUGCUCAUUCAAUGCUGCUGCUUUUCGCUCAAUCAGAUGAUGAUUCGAUCACAUUUACUCCUACUCGAGAUCAAGAUCUUGGUGGUACUACUCAUCGAUUAAUUAACUUGUACUCAUCGAGACCCUGAUACUGAUCAAUCAAUCAAACAAUCAGUCAGUGGUUAGUGCUCGUCGUCAGAGAUAGCAAAAAGGCGCAGGCAAGAACGAGGAGAGGACGGACAGGCGCCAUCAGAAAAGGAAAGAAACGUGAGAGAGAGAGACACAGAUCGCGGCGGCGAUGGCCGGAGAUGGGGAGGAUGGCGGCGAGAGGGUGCGGCUGUUCGUCGGCCAGGUGCCACGCAGCAUGGCGGAGGAGGACAUCCUCGCCGUGGUCCGCGCCGCCGCACGCGCCGACGACGCCACCGUCAUCCGCGACCGCGCCACCGGCGCCUCCCGCGGUUGCUGCUUCGUGGUGUGCUCGUCGAGGGAGGAGGCAGACAAGGCCAUCGCCGCGUACCACAACAAGUGCACCCUCCCAGGAGCGUCCAGGGCAAUGCAGGUAAAAUACGCGGACGGCGAGCUGGAACGAUUAGCCGCAGAGCAGAAGCUUUUCAUUGGCAUGCUUCCAAGGGAUGUGAAGGAGAAUGAAGUUUCUGCAUUGUUUUCGCAGUACGGAAAUAUUAGACAACUGAAGGUACUGAGAAGUCCACAGAAAACAAGAAAAGCUGCAGCCUGUGCUAUCCUGGAAUUUGGAAGCAAAGAACAUGCUAGAGCGGCCAUUGAAGCUUUGAAUGGCACACGUGUUGUGUUCAAUGGUUCAAGUGCGACUUUGGUUGUUAAGUUGGCUGACACUGAAAGGGAAAAGCAAGCUAGAAAGGCACAGAAAGCUCAGGCUCAACCUUCUAAGCCCUUAAGAUUUUAUCUCUUCCCCCAGCUGCUAUCAAUAUCUGGAGCACCACAGAUGAGCUUUCUUCCUCCAUAUAAUGUAUUGGAUUACAAGACUGAAGGAACAACGGAUCCAGAAUUGAAAGAUCUAAUGAAGAUGACAAACGACAAACUUGAGAUGCUAGUGACUGAGCUCAAGAGCGUGGUGAACUUAUUAGAGAAUCGAGUUACAUAUAAUGAUCCAAUACAGCCAAUUCAGCAUUCUCUCUUACCUGUAGAGCAUGACGAGAAGCAAUAUAAGCCUAAUGAGUGUGAUUCCAAAACGUUAGAGGUACCAGGGCAUUAUGGACACACGAAGAACCCAUUGGCAUUGUACAGCACUAUGUACCCACAUGUCAAUCAAGGAAAUUUACUCCAGGGACUCAACACAAAUAUAUUUCCAGGAACAGAUCCUAAAAUUUCGAACCUGAUUCAAUCUGCUGGAUACAUACAACCUCCUUACCCUGAUUUGUCAGGUCUUCAUUACCCAGUAUCAUAUGCAGGUGCCUUAGUGGGAGAUACACCACAGUAUUUCUCUGAUGGUAAGGUAAACAUACCAAACAGUCAUAGCAAUCAUGCCUCAUCUGCAGCAAACACAAAGAUAGGGAGUAAGAUUGAAGGACCUCCUAGGGCUAAUUUAUUUGUCUAUGACAUCCCUCAAGAAUACGGUGAUGAAGAUCUGGCAAAUCUAUUUCAAGAAUUUGGUAGGAUCUUGAGUACCAAGGUUUUCAUUGACAGAGCUACUGGUGUCAGUAAAUGUUUCGGCUUUGUUAGUUAUGACACACCAGCAUCAGCUCAGGCUGCUAUCAGGAGGAUGAAUGGCUCACAGAUAGGUGGCAAAAUGCUCAAGGUACAGCUCAAGAGGGAAACAUGAUGUGACAACUGACAACCCAGUUGACAUGUAGUGAAAUUAUGAUGUCUGGACAUUGUAGUGCUGAGAGUACCAUCCUGCAUAGUGAACAAGGCAGUGCAGCUGGAUAUGGAAAACCAUAGAUGUAGCUAUGACAAGGUUGUUCAUUGUUACUCUUGAAGAUCGCCAGAAUUUCUAGGCACAGUUCUCUUGUUGCAUUACACACAACUAAUGCAUAUGAACAAGCCAUGUAAUUGGAUCUGGCAUUUGGUCAAGCAUAAGGUAGUUCCGACAUUCGAUUA